AUGGCACCAAGUUCCUCGCUGCUAAGACAACAAAACUCCGAAGUGCAACAAAUCUACAACUACAUUGAUGGUCAUUCAUUCUCACAAGCCCUACAAAAUGACACAAGCUUCAUUGAACUGACCAAACACAAAGGUUCCCCUGCUUUCAAGUUUUUGAAAGGACAUGACAGACUACCCCUGUCUCCGUUUAUUUGGAGCGAUGGUGAGGGAAAACGGGUUGUUUGCAUCUGCUAUUUUGGAUUGGGAUUAGCUGACUUCAAGAAAACUGUCCAUAGGGGUGUCCUGGCCACGUUAGUUGACGAAAUACUAGGCUUGGUCUGUUCGCUAGCUUUAUCAAAUGGGUACGGGGUGACGGGGAACUUAACAAUUGAUUAUCGAAGUGCGCUCCCGACAAACUCGUAUGUUGUUUUGAGGGCAAAUGUGGUCAAAGUGGAUGGUAGAAAAGUCUUUGUUGAUGGGAGUGUUGAAACACUGGCUGUUAUUGAGGACCAGCAGCCAAAGGCCAUCGCCCAUGCGAAAGGAAUCUACCUGGAAGGAAUUCAGACUGCGAUAUUGGAACGGCCCUUCAAAGCUCCACUCUAG